AUGGUCGUUCUCGCAGCGUCGAUAUGCACCCGCGGAGGUAAAGCGGUCCUCUCGCGCCAGUUUCGGGAGAUCUCUCGGUCUCGAAUUGAAGCCCUUCUCGCCUCCUUUCCUAAGCUGGCAGACUCCGGAACCCAACAUACCACCGUUGAGCAAGACAACGUGCGCUUCGUGUACCAGCCAUUGGACGAGAUGUAUAUCGUACUGAUUACCAACCGUCAAUCAAACAUUCUUCAAGAUAUCGACAGUCUUCAUCUCUUUGCGCAAGUCACCACCAGCAUCUGCAAGAGCCUAGACGAGCGGGAGAUUCUCCGCAAUGCCUUUGAGCUCCUGAGUGCGUUCGAUGAAUUGGUGACUAUGGGAUACCGGGAGAAUCUUUCUCUCUCUCAAAUCAAGACCUUCCUGGAAAUGGAGAGUCAUGAGGAGAGAAUCCAGGAGAUCAUUGAACGGAACAAAGAGCUGGAGGCCACUGAGGAGCGCAAGAGAAAGGCGAAGCAGCUGGAAAUGCAACGCAAAGAGGCUGCUCGCUCAGGUGGUCGUGCCGCGGCUGCAAGAACUCCCUCAUACCCAGUCUACACACCGCCAGCGCGCCCCUCCGUGCCUGACACUUAUGAUUCAUACGAGGCCGAGAAGAAACAGUCCUUCGCCAAGGCCAUGCCCGUUCGCGGCAAGGGCAUGCAACUGGGCAAGAAAUCAAAGGCAACAGAUAUCUACGAGAAGGUCCGUGGUGAUAUGGGGCCUGAAAUCGAAGAGGAGAGCCCAGUGGCGGCUCCACAAGCUUCGGCUCCGGUGCACGACAUUCCCUCAGCCCGCGAGUCUCUCAGUGCGGACCGGGAGCCCAUCCAAAUCACAAUCGCUGAGACCAUCUCAGCGACACUUACUCGAGAAGGAGCCUUGAAGUCUUUCGAGGUUAAGGGUGACAUGCAGCUCCGUAUCACUGAUCCCUCACUCACCAAACUCCGACUCGAUUGCCAGGCUGUUCCCACACAUGGCGCACAGUUCCGCACUCACCCCAAUGUCGACAAAGCUCUCUUCACCAACUCUUCCGUGAUCCAACUGAAGGACACUACCAAGCGUUUCCCCCCAACAACUCCAUCGGCGUGCUCCGGUGGCGCGUUGCCAGCUCGGCUGACAAUACCGAUAUUCUUCCCAUCACAUUCACCGUUUGGUCUUCGCGAUGUGGUUGUCACUAUUCCAUAUGGCACGACAGAGCCUGCUGUGUCCAGCUUUGAUGCAGUCUACGAAGUCUCUGGUGACAGUCUGGACUGGAACCUGGGCGCUGUUGAUGAGUCGAACGCCUCUGGCAGCUUUGAGUUUGAGGCGAUUGAUGCUGAUGAGAAUGAGUUCUUCCCCAUGAGUGUUCGCUUCUCAAAGACCAGGCCUUUCGUGGAUGUCGAUAUCAACAGUAUUUCCCUGUUGGAGAUGGAGGGUGAGAGUGUUGCAUUCUCGAAAGACAUUCGAAGUGUUGCGGAGAACUUCCUCAUUGAGUAA